AUGGACGAUUUGUUUGAUGUAUUCGACGAGGCUCCAGGAGCUGUUCCUCCAAAGAUAGAGGAGAUUGAAGAAACUGAACACGCCAAGGAGACAAAUGGAAACGGCAAGAAACGGUCACAUCGUGAAGAGAACGAGGAGGAGGAGGAGGAAGAGGGUACGAAUAAGUCUGCACCAACAAAGAAGGCCAAACAACAACAAGAAGUCAAACCAGUAGUGUUUGAUUCGGUGGAGAUAGAAGCAUCCAGGGAAGUUGACGCCAGUGGCGGGCUACAACAAACUACCGAGGAUCCCAAUUCGAAAUUGAAGUUGAGACAUCAAGUGAGACACCAAGUUGCGGUUCCUCCAUCGUAUCCAUACGUACCUAUUAGCGAACACAAGCGUGAGAAGGAAGCCAGGACGUAUCCAUUCACAUUAGAUCCGUUUCAAGAUACUGCGAUUUCAUGUAUCGACCGGAAUGAAAGUGUCUUGGUGUCUGCACAUACAUCUGCUGGUAAAACUGUUGUUGCAGAGUAUGCAAUUGCUCAGUCGUUGAGAGAUAAGCAAAGAGUCAUUUACACUUCUCCCAUCAAGGCAUUGUCGAACCAAAAGUAUCGUGAGUUGCAAGCAGAAUUCCAAGAUGUGGGGCUAAUGACGGGUGAUGUCACGAUAAACCCCGAUGCCGGUUGUCUUGUCAUGACAACGGAAAUUUUACGAAGCAUGCUCUAUCGAGGCUCAGAGGUGAUGAGAGAAGUUGCUUGGGUUAUUUUUGACGAGGUGCAUUAUAUGAGAGAUAAAGCCAGAGGUGUGGUUUGGGAAGAGACGAUUAUUUUACUUCCUGAUAAGGUACACUAUGUAUUCUUAUCAGCCACUAUUCCCAAUGCAAUGGAGUUUGCUGAAUGGAUAGUCAAGAUUCACAACCAGCCGUGUCAUGUUGUGUAUACAGAUUUCAGACCUACUCCAUUACAGCACUACUUGUUUCCUGCUGGCGGUGACGGUAUUCAUUUGGUUGUUGAUGAAAAGGGGACAUUUAGGGAAGAAAAUUUCCAAAAGGCAAUGACUACAAUUGGUGACAAUACAGGGGACGAUCCUGCAUCUGCCGACAAGGGCAAGGGUAGAAAGGGGCAGAGUUUCAAAGGUGGAAACAAGGAUAGUAAGUCCGACAUUUACAAGAUUGUUAAAAUGAUUUAUAUGAAAAAGUACAAUCCAGUGAUUGUGUUUUCCUUUUCCAAAAGGGAUUGUGAGAAAUUGGCGUUGCAAAUGUCGAAAUUGGAUUUCAAUACUGAUGAAGAGAGAUCCGCAUUGACGGAGAUUUUCAAUAAUGCAAUUGGUCUCUUGCCCGAGAGUGAUAAGGAACUCCCACAAAUUAAAAACAUUUUGCCAUUGUUGAAGCGAGGAAUAGGGAUCCACCACUCUGGUCUAUUACCGAUUUUGAAGGAAAUCAUUGAAAUUUUAUUUCAGGAGGGGUUCUUGAAGGUGCUUUUCGCUACAGAGACAUUUUCAAUUGGUCUCAAUAUGCCGGCAAAGACUGUUGUUUUCACAUCUGUCCGUAAAUGGGAUGGUGUUGGAUUCAGAUGGGUUUCAGGUGGUGAAUAUAUCCAAAUGUCUGGUCGUGCUGGUAGAAGAGGUUUGGAUGAUAGAGGUAUUGUUAUCAUGAUGAUUGAUGAGAAAAUGGAGCCUCAGGUGGCAAAGGGAAUGGUCAAGGGGCAAGCAGAUAGACUUGACUCGGCAUUCCACCUAGGCUACAAUAUGAUUUUGAAUUUGAUGAGGGUUGAGGGAAUAUCUCCCGAGUUUAUGUUGGAGAGUUCGUUUUACCAAUUUCAGAAUGCUGCUAGUGUACCUGCUUUGGAGCAGAAGAUGCAGUCUUUGCAACAGGAAAUUGAAGGUGUACACAUUGACGACGAAGCAACCGUGAAAGAGUACUAUGAUUUGCUGCAACAACUUAACAGGUAUACUGCUGAUGUUCGAAAAGUCGUUACACACCCGGGCCACAUUUUGCCAUUUCUACAAGAUGGAAGAGUGGUUAAGAUAAAGAUUGGUGGUUAUGACUACGGUUGGGGAAUGGUUACGUCUUUUGUCAAGAGGAAAACUAGCCGGUAUCAGACCAAAGAGUUCACCGCUCAUGAAUCUUAUGUUGUGAAUGUUUUUGUUUACACUAUGUUUGUCGAUUCGCCAGUAAACUUGAUCAAACCAUUCAAUCCAUUGUUACCAGAGGGUAUCAGACCCGCAAGACCAGGAGAAAAGUCAAGAGCUGAGUAUAUAUCCAUCACACUUGAUUCGAUUGAGAAGAUCAGUAGUGUUAGAUUGAGGGUACCGGAUGACUACAAAAGUGCUCAAGCAAAGAGGACGUUGGUGAAGACGAUGAAGGAGCUACCCAAGAGGUUCAAGGACGGUAUACCAUUGAUGGAUCCUGUUGAGAGCAUGAAGAUUGAUGAUGAUGAUUUCCGAACCUUGUUGCGCAAAAUUGAUGUUAUUGAAUCCAAAUUGUAUAGCAAUCCAUUACAUGACACAGCCAGAUUACAAGAUUUGUAUGCCAAGUACUCACACAAGGCUGACAUUGAAAAGAAAAUAAGCGACUUGAAGGAGAAGAUCUUGGAAGCGGAGGCAGUAAUACAGUUGGACGAUUUGAGACACAGGAAAAGAGUUUUGCGUCGACUUGGAUUCAUUACCCAGAAUGACAUUAUCGAACUUAAGGGACGUGUUGCCUGUGAAAUCAGCUCUGGUGAUGAAUUGUUAUUAACAGAGUUGAUAUUCAAUGGUAAUUUCAAUGAACUAUCAAGUGAGCAAUCAGCUGCGUUGUUGUCGUGUUUUGUAUUUCAGGAACGAGCAAAGGAAACUCCUCGAUUGAAGCCUGAGUUGGCUGAGCCUUUGAAAUUGAUGCAGGAAAUGGCUGCCAAAGUUGCUAAAGUGUCUAAAGAGUGCAAAAUUGACAUAACCGAGCAGGAUUACAUUGAGUCGUUUAGGCCAGAGUUGAUGGAAGUUGUGUAUGCAUGGUGCAAAGGUGCUUCGUUUACUCAAAUCUGUAAAAUGACUGACGUUUAUGAAGGUUCAUUGAUUAGAAUGUUUAGAAGGCUAGAAGAGCUUAUAAGACAGUUGGUGGUUGCUGCAAAAGCCAUAGGAAAUGUGGAGUUACAGGAAAAGAUGGAAAAGUCGUUGGAGUUAGUUCACAGGGAUAUAGUUUCAGCUGGGUCUUUAUACUUGUAG